GAAAGAAGCAACACACUUGAAGCCGCAGUUUUUAAGAUCUGGGAGGCAGAGUAGAGCUGCUGAACUGGUCGCCGCCAAAAUUUGGGUGCUAUAAUCUUCAAUAGGUAGAAGAGGGGAAAAAAAAAGAAAGAGGGAAAUUGAUGGAGGAAACGAAGAGGAAAAGCGCGAGGGUGUGUAUGCUUUUGAUCUGUUUGUUGCUGAGCUUUUUUGGUCGGAUUGAAUCGUUGUCCGUGACCGUAAACGACGUUGAGUGCGUCUAUGAGUAUGUGCUCUACGAGGGUGAUACGGUUACUGGGAACUUUGUUGUCGUCGAUCACGACAUUUUCUGGAGCUCCGAUCACCCUGGCAUCGACUUGACGGUGACAUCUCCUGGAGGUAACAUUGUCCACACGAUCAAAGGAACCUCUGGCGAAAAGUUUGAUUUUAAAGCCCCACGAAGUGGAAUGUAUAAAUUCUGCUUUCAUAACCCUCACUCCACACCUGAGACUGUUUCUUUCUACAUCCAUGUCGGUCAUAUUCCCACUGAGCAUGAUCUUGCUAAAAAUGAGCACUUGGACCCAAUAAAUGUUAAAAUUGCUGAGCUCAGAGAGGCACUAGAAUCUGUUACAGCUGAGCAAAAAUACCUUAAAGCACGUGAUGCACGACAUCGUCAUACGAAUGAGAGCACCAGGAAGCGCGUCAUAUUCUACACUGUAGGAGAGUACCUUCUUCUAGCUCUCGUUAGUGCCCUGCAAGUUGUAUACAUCCGGCGGCUUUUCAGCAAGUCAGUGGCCUAUAACCGUGUUUGAAUCUCCUCUCUUGUUUUAGCUCAAGGCUUAGGUUUACUCUUGUUCCCCCUUUGUGUAACAAUAUGACCGUUGGUGAGUAUUAUUAUUAUUUUCCUCCUUCUAACUGCGACGUAAUUUAUAUUUACAACUCGGGGAAAAAAGGUGCUUAGAUUCCCUUUUUUUUUUUUUUGGAAAUUUUCUAUUUACAGAGUUCAUUUACAUUUGUUUGAAUAUUUUGCAAUCUUCAUUAAGAGAUAAGUAUGUUUUCAUGCAAUAAAGUAUAUCUCACCAA